GGCCUCUCAAAGUGCUGGGAUUACAGGCAUGAGCCGCCGCGCCCCGCCCCACGCUCAGUCUUGAAAUAGUCUGAAACGGGAAACGGCAAACAGCGACAUAUCCGAGCGAGAGUCCCGCCCUGCAUCAGUUUGCGGAGCCGCCUUGGUAGAAGGAGAGAAGCGGAGUGGAGGAAGCACGGGACUGGAGGGACCAAAGUUCCCCGAUGGCGGCCCAGGGGUGCGCGGCAUCGCGGCUGCUCCAGCUGCUGCUGCAGCUGCUGCUGCAGCUUCUGCUUCUACUGCUGCUGCUGGCGGCGGGCGGGGCGCGCGCGCGGUGGCGCGGGGAGGGCACCAGCGCACACUUGCGGGACAUCUUCCUGGGCCGCUGCGCCGAGUACCGCGCACUGCUGAGUGCCGAGCAGCGGAACAAGAACUGCACAGCCAUCUGGGAAGCCUUUAAAGUGGCGCUGGACAAGGAUCCCUGCUCCGUGCUGCCCUCAGACUAUGACCUUUUUAUUAACUUGUCCAGGCACUCUAUUCCCAGAGAUAAGUCUCUGUUCUGGGAAAAUAGCCACCUCCUUGUUAACAGCUUUGCAGAAAACACCCGUCGUUUUAUGCCCCUGAGCGAUGUUCUGUAUGGCAGGGUUGCAGAUUUCUUGAGCUGGUGUCGACAGAAAAAUGACUCUGGACUCGAUUACCAAUCCUGCCCUACAUCAGAAGACUGUGAAAAUAAUCCUGUGGAUUCCUUUUGGAAAAGGGCAUCCAUCCAGUAUUCCAAGGAUAGUUCUGGGGUGAUCCACGUCAUGCUGAAUGGUUCAGAGCCAACAGGAGCCUAUCCCAUCAAAGGUUUUUUUGCAGAUUAUGAAAUUCCAAAUCUCCAGAAGGAAAAAAUUACACGAAUCGAGAUCUGGGUUAUGCAUGAAAUUGGGGGACCCAAUGUGGAAUCCUGUGGGGAAGGCAGCAUGAAAGUCCUGGAAAAGAGGCUGAAGGACAUGGGGUUCCAGUACAGCUGUAUUAAUGAUUACCGACCAGUGAAGCUCUUACAGUGCGUGGACCACAGCACCCAUCCUGACUGUGCCUUAAAGUCGGCAGCAGCCGCUACUCAAAGAAAAGCCCCAAGUCUUUAUACAGAACAAAGUGCGGGUCUUAUCAUUCCCCUCCUUCUGGUGCUGGCUUCCGCGACUCAGCUGUAACUGGAAACUGUGUUGCUCUAACCCUCCUCCAGCCCUGCAGCCUCCCCUUGCAGUCAUCAUUCGUGUUCUGUGUAUACCAAAUGAUUCUGUUAUCUAAAGAAGCUUUUUGCUGGGAAAACGAUGUCCUGAAAAUGGUGUUUCAAUGAGGCAUAUGUUCAGGAUUUUAGAAACAAGAAAUUAGUUCUAUUUAGCAGGUUAAAAAAUGCUGCAUUAGAAUUAAAGCAAGUUAUUUUCUUAUUUGUAUAAUGACACAAAGCAUUGGGAGUCAGACUGCUUGCAUAUUAUCAAACAUUUUUAGAGAAUUCUAAUAAAGCUGUAUUUUAUAUAAUCUAUAUUUUCCUAUAUCUCCAGCAGCACGGACACUGCAUGCUUGUUGAUUGCUUAAGACAUAUGUAUACUAUAUAAAUGUAUGCAUAUAUGGUCUGCAAAGUUUUCAUUUAUUUGGUAUAAAGAUGUUCAGUUAACGGUUCCUUUUUGUUUUGAGAGACAAGAGUUUCGCUCCUUUGCCCAGGCUGGAGUGAAGUGGGGAGAUCUCAGCUCACUGCAACCUCCGCUUCCAGGAUUCAAGCGAUUUUCCUGCCUCAGCCUCCCAAGUAGAUGGGAUUGCAGGUGCCUGCCACCAUGUCCAGCUAAUUUUUGUAUUUUUAGUAGAGAUGGGGUUUCACCAUGUUGGCCAGGCUAGUCUCGAAUUCCUGACCUCAGGUGAUCCACCCACCUCAGCCUCCCAAAGUGCUAGGAUUACAGGCGUGAGCUACCACAUCCAGCCAUAAUAGUUACUUAUAAUGAGGGAAAAAACCAAAAUAUCCAGUAAUAUUUACAUAUUUACUGAAACUGUUUGGAACUUGUAUUAGUUUGUUCUUGCAUUGCUAUAAAGAACUGCCCAAGACUGGGUAAUUUACAAAAAUAAAAAUAAAAAAGAGGUUUAAUUGACUCACA